AUGCCGGCCCUCGGCCUCCUGCUGCAGCGCCUGAAGGGCCUCCGGGCGCACGGCAGCCCGCCGCAGACGCCGGCGCCGGUGCCGGCCGCGGUGGCGGCGGCGGCGGCGGCGGCCUCGGAGGAGUUUGCCGUGACGGCGGCGGCGCUGGCGCGAGUCCCCGGCGUGGAGCGCCGCUUGGAGGAGGCCUUUGGGGUCGUCGUCCGGGAGAGCGCGGCGGCGGCGGCGGCGGCGGCGGCGCCGGGAGGCCCCCGCGGGGCCGAGGGCGGCGGCGGCGGCGGCGGCGGCGCCGUGUGGAUCACCGUGGAGGGGCAGCGUGAGAACGUGGACAGGGCCAAGACCCUGCUGGUGGGGCUGUGCGAGCAGCGGCGGCCGCGGGAGGAGGAUGAGCAUGAGGAUGAGCAGCAGGAGGAGGAGGAGGAGUCGCUCCGGCGGGAGCUCCUCUGCGUGCUCCAGGGCGCCCGCGGCCUCUUCCGCCGGUGCCUCGAGUGGGACUCUGCGGCCCUGGUGGACGCCGCCGCCCUGGACGGCCGCGGCCGCCUCCGCGCCCUCGGCGGGGCUGAGUCCUCGGUGCUGCUCCUCAGCCGCUUGCACUUCUUCUCGGGCCUGUUGGGCGGCAGCGGCGGCAGCGGGCAAGGCGACGAGGAGGUGCUGGAGGAGGAGGCCGCCGCCAAGCGCGACUUCAAGCUGCUGGUGGAGGCGGCGCCCGACCGCCACACCACGGAGCUGCUGCUGCUGCCCACGGCCCUCAAGCGCGAGCUGCUGGAGCUGGCCGCCGCCUACCCCACGCCGCUGCUGGCGCUGUGGCAUCGGCGUGGGGCGGUAGGGGAGCAGCAGCAGCAGCAGCAGCAGCAGCAGCAGCAGCAGCAGCAGCAGCAGCAGCAGCAGCCGGGCGCUGGCAGGGAUGGCGGCGGCGGUGUCAGCGGCGACGCCGGAGAUUUCUGCGUCGUGGACGGAGCCCCCCCGGUGGCCGUGCUGGAGGCGGCGAGGGCCUGCGGCUACACCCGGCGGGAGGUGGAGGAGGCCUCCGUCAGGGCCGGCACCUACGACGCCGGGAGCCUCCUGCGGGAGCUCAACCGGAUGCGCGGCGGCGGCGGCGGCGGCGGCGGCGGCGGCGGCGCCGGGGACGACGCCGGAGCCGCCGGCGAUCGCCGUUCGCCGCGGUCGCCGCCGGCGGCGGCGUACCAGGCGAGGCGGCCGACGGCGUCGCGAGUCUUUGAGUACGUGGCGAUCGCGGUGAGCGGCGCCGGUGGCGCCGAGCGGUACCGGGAGGCGGAGGUCUGCGCCGAUUGGCCGGAGGAGGAUGAGGAGGUGGAGGAGGGCAACGGCCGCGUCGUCGCUAACGCGGGCGGUGGCGUGGAGGCUCGGUGGAACAACGGCGACGGCGAUGCCGUCGACGAGGUGGGGGAGAUGCAGGACCACGACAUCUACCGAGCGACGCCUCUGCCCGCCGCCGCCGCCGAGGACGCCACCGAGGACGACUUCGACAUCCUGGAGGUGGAGGACUUCCAAGGGAGCGACGCCACCGGGGGAGACCUCCCGCCCGGCACGGCCGCCGCCAGCGGCGCCAGCGGGCGGGGCGGGCCGGCCAGGCCGCCGGGCAGGGUUGCCGAGGCCUUCAGGGCCGGCAAGGCCGGAUGGGCGGCGCUGUUGCCGCACAGGCUGCCGUUUCAGCAGCCGGAGGAGGAGGAAGAGGAGGGCAGGCCGACUCGGUUCCCUAGGCCGGGCAGGGCUGGCGGGGCCUUCAGGGCCGGCAAGGUCGGCUGGGCGUCGCUCUUGCCCCACCGGCUGCCGGCAAAGGGGGCGGAGGCGGUGGAGGCGGUGGAGGCGGUGAAUCCGGAGACGAUGUUCCGGGCGACCAUCGCCGCCCCGUUCACGCUGGCACUGAGCAGCUCGGCGGGCCGCGACGGCCUCCGGCACGUCAUCGUGGACGGCAGCAACGUGGCCAUGACGCACGGGCUGCACCGUUUCUUCUCGUGCCGCGGCGUUGCCCUGGCGGUCCGCUUCUUCUGGGAGCGUGGCCACCGCAACAUCACCGUGUUCAUCCCGCAGUACCGUACUCGCCACGACCCCAACGUCACCGAGCCUCAGCUGCUGAGCCAGCUGAGUGAGUUGGGCCUCCUGUCGUUCACCCCGUCACGUCUCGUGGAGGGGCGCACCGUAGCCGCACACGACGACCGGUUCCUGCUGCACCUGGCUGAGCACACAGGUGGUGUCGUCGUCACCAAUGACAACCUCCGGGACCUGAUCACAGAGUCGCCCGCCUGGAGGGACAUCGUGCGGGAGCGCUUGCUACAGUUCACGUUCGCUGCUGGGAUCUUCCUCAUCCCUGACGACCCCCUGGGGCCUGGGGGCCCCUCCCUCGACGCCUUCCUGUCACUGAAGCCCCUCGCAGACAGCCACGUGGCCGUGGCGAGCCGCGGGAAGCCCCGGGGUGAGGUGGGUGGGGGCCGUGGUGGUCUGCUGGCGGUGUUCCCGGCCUCGGCGGCGCAGGUGGAGGCGGUGCUGCGGGGAAACCCGGGCCUCACCGACGUGGCCGAGUUGGCCGACCUGGUGCUGCCGCUCAUCUAG